GCAGCCGGGAGAGGAGAGAUACACCCUGAUGGUAAACAGCAUCCAUUUUCCAUGUGGAAAGAAUUGUACAAGUUGAAUAACCAGCUCCUGACAUGACUUCUCUUGCCUGUACUUCUAAUCUGAAACUUAGCCAGAGGAUCUUUUGAGAGCUUCUUAGUUUUUUGUUACCACAUAAACACAAGUCAUAGUCAUCGCUGCUGUUAUGUCCUGGGUACAAGUUGCAGUCAGCCGAUCCAGUGAGGAUAUAUUUGAUGAAGAUGCAGAUGAGAUGUAUCUACUACAGAAAGAAUGGAACAGCACCAUGAAAAAGAGAUUGAAGGAAGGCUACAGGGAUGGAGUUGAGGCUGGGAAAGAACUUGCACUGCAAGAAGGCUUUAAUCAAGGUUACAGACACGGCGCUGAGCUGAUGGUUACAUGCGGCCAGUUCAGAGGAACCCUGAAUGCUCUCUUAUCCUGGUGUCAUUUUAAUGGACAUGAUUCUGCUUUAAAUGAGAUAAAUAAACUUCUUGAUAUGGUUGGAAAGCAUGAAGAGGAUGUCCUUAAGUAUCUGAAUUCUACUGAACAACAGCCACAUCUUAGCCACAUUUUAGACUCUGUUCAGGACAUGGACCUUAACUACACAGCUCCAGCUGGGACAGAGUGCAAUGAAGAUAAAGCUGGAAAACAUGAAGACAUUGGAAGGUCUGAUGAAAACAUUGGUAGAAACAAUGGUGAGGUUGAUUCCUUGCAGUCUGAUGGCAAGGCGAAACUCUUCACAGAUCCCGAAAGGUCAACCCUUGCUUGGGUUAAAAAGCAGACUGUUUGGCUAGUAGAGCAACUGGGCUUAUCUCUGGAUAUAGUCCAUCAUGUUCAGCAACUGGAACACUAGUUUUUCUGUCUCACGGUGUUUCAAAUUCUUUCAGUUGAAUUUUAUUCUGUGUUUGUGGACCAUGUACAGGCUGAUGCAUCACUUCUUUAGGGAAAUCUGAUUUUGAUACAUCCCAGUAGGGGUAAUUUCUGUAAAUCUUAACCAUGCUUUGGCUCCUGGCAAAAAACUCUUGCCCUCCAUCUAAACUUUCACAGUAGGAGGAAGUGGUGUUAAAGCUCUAAAAAAUUUUACCAAACCUGUUUCUGUUCUGUGUCAAAAGCUGUCAUUUCACACUGGCUUUCUCUCUUGGCAGAAGUUUGGAAAUGGAAUGGGUCCCUUAAGUAUCCCCUCUAAGGAGGUACAUUUUAGUAUCUAAAAAAUAAAUUUCCCAUUUGUCAAGUGUUAUGGACAAGCACUUCUUGCUGAAUAAUCUGCUGUUCAUGGUAUUCUAACUCAAAAUAGAAGAGGAUUUGCUGCUGAUUUCUAGAGUGUUGUGAGUCUCUCUAGUCACUAUAUAAAACGUAAACAUUUUCUACUCUGUCAAAUUCUUCCUCUUUUGUAACCACUCUGCAGUGCACUUUCACAGUUUAAAACUAGUUGUUUUGCUUUUUCCCUUUUUCUCCUACAGUUCUGGUUAGUUCUGCUGAAAACACCAUUCUCCUCAAAUGCAGUAGUACUGACACUUCCUUUGCUUUCCUGUUAGACCAUCUACUCCUACCUUGUUAGACCACACUGAACAUGUUUCCAGUCUAAUGAACUUCGUCAUGUUAUAUUUAUUUUGCCAGUUUCUCUAGCCUGGACUCUUUCCCUCGUUCCUCUAGUGGUUUUCCCGAAUUCUUAAAGGAGGCCUGGCUAAUUCACCUCUCAGAAACCCUUGCCAGUCAUACACGCAUGCAUCUGACGACUUCGUAUUUCUGUGCCAACAUUCUGUACUUGAGUGCUUUUCCUGUUGUUUGCCUUACCUGUAGCUGCAAAUUGCUCUAGUCAGGAAGUGUUUCGUUUGUCAAUGCAUAUCUCUGUUUUACACUAAUUAAACUGAUUUACAGGAAGUUAGGAGUUUGCUUGUUUUUAAAUUGCUUGUAACUUUCCUUCGUGUCUGGACAAACUGAAACUUUAAACAACUGACUUAACUAUACAUGAGAAGAGUUUAAUACC